UUCACAACCCGACCCCUCGCAUUCAGGAGGAGCUCCUCCACCGGUGCUCACUGGGCCUGCCAGCUGUUGAGGCUCCUCAGCUUGACUUCCCCUCCGAGUUCAUUCACGAGAGACCACAAGGGUGAAGAAGCCCCCCAUUUGUUUUCCAGCUGGGUUUCUGCCUUCUUUCCCAGACUCCUGACUGGCACCCACGGGUAUGCCGCGCUCCUUCCUCGUGAGAAGUAAGAGGGUGGCCGCCUACCAGGGCCUGAAGUUCACGGAUGACAAGAGCGGCUCCAUUGAGGGUCCCGACAAAGACUCCUUUGGGGCACCGGACACCUGGAGCCAACAGACGGCCAUCUCUUCACACAAGGUGGAUGGCAGCACAGCGACUCCUGCAAGUCGGCCGCAAAUGGCCCCCAGAAAGCUGGGGCUUGACGACUGGGAGCCACAGGGGGCUGCGGCUGAAUUUAAAGAGCCAGAAGAGGCCCCGGCGCUCCACCCCAACACCAAUGACAACCCGCUGAGCACGGCGUCCAGGACGGACCCUGGGUGGAGGCUGGCGGCAUCGCAAGAUAAGCUCGCUUUUGCGUGUGAAGCCCCUUACCCCUCGUACAGCUGGAGUGGCUACUCAGACUACCCCGAAGCCAGCUUGAAGGACCUCGUCCAGUCUCUGCUCUCCCCGGUCCUGAAGACAGGCCUGGCCGGCAGCCCCGUGAGGGAGUCGGGACUGAGACGGGACAGCGACGGACUUCUGUGCGGCCAGUUACUGCUGUACAGAGCGCCCUACCACUGCCCCGUCUGUGGAAAGGUGUUCUCCUCUUCACCUGGUAUGGAAACCCACCUAAGAAGGUCUCAUGGCAACAAGAUGACCUACCCAGUUACAGCAUUCAAGAAGGACGGUGCUCAGUCACUGGUCGACAGCAGAGCCCACUGUGGACCCAAGGAGAGGACCUUUAGCUGCAACGUGUGUGGGAAAACCUUCAAGCGCUCGUCCACCUUGUCGACCCACCUGCUGAUUCACUCGGACACCCGGCCCUAUCCCUGCCAGUUCUGCGGCAAGCGCUUCCACCAGAAGUCAGACAUGAAAAAGCACACCUUCAUCCACACAGGUGAGAAGCCUCACAAGUGCCAGGUCUGCGGCAAGGCCUUCAGUCAGAGCUCCAACCUCAUCACCCACAGCCGUAAACACACCGGGUUCAAGCCCUUCACCUGCUCCACCUGCAGCAAAGGCUUCCAGCGCAAAGUCGACCUGCGGAGACAUCAGGAAAUCCACGGAGAUUUCACCUCGGUUGUUGAAGGCUGAGCUCACUCAAGCCCAGUGAAGGGAUAUUGUGAUGCCCACCUUUUGUGUGCCAAGGUGGAGUGGCAGCUCCGAGUUCAGCUGAGACAGAGCCUGGACACUUAUUAUGCCCCCCUGGUGAGCUCAGCUGUGAGAGCUCAUUUUGUGCAGUUUCUCCUCCAGACACUAAGGGGCUACACGCCUGACUAUUUAUACGUGACGAGUGCUGAAUGCCAGGUGGUUUUGUAAUAAAUUUGACAAAACUACUGCGGUGGGCACAACUAGGGGGAAUUACAAAAGAUAAAACAGGAAAGCAGGACCGCCAACUCACCAUCUGCCCAGCUACACAAGAAGAAAGUGGGGGUCUGUAUAUUGUACUGUAUGAUACACAUGCACACCCUAUUGGAUGUCCGGCACCUUUAAAAGGUGCUUAAUAAAAUAAAGCCAGUUGGAAUCAUUUAAAUGGUUUGUCC